GCACAGCUUUCAUUUGAAAUCUCUGUUCCUUCCACAUAACGAGGUUGCACGCCUGUAGUCUUGACUUCUCUCCUCUCUCUCUUAACCCCUUUCAAGUUUGAACCCACAGGAUGGUUGCUAGCAUCAUACAGAUUUGGUGCCUGCCUGUUAAAAAGCAUUUACCAUGAGCCUCUGCUUUUCAAAUAGAAAAUCCCUAUAGUGUAAGCAGUCAAUAAUCAUCCAGGAUCUCUCUGGGUUCCUCUGAAAAGUCGAUAAUCACACUCUUCAAUUCCAAGCUGGUACAUUUUCGGUACAAUUCAUAUGAACCAUUGUGAGAGUAUUUUUCAAAUUCUCAAUCAAAAUCAAGGCUUAGCAGGAGUACUAUAUCUCUGUCACAAUAGUCCAAACUCCGACUCCUCUCUCUCUCUCUCUCUAGCCCCAGACUAUUACUUUAACUAGAACCCACUUCCCAGCAGGCCAGUUCCUACAUAAUAAAACAAACGAACAACCUGUAAAUUUUCAAACCAAAAAGGAAAGUUGUUGGUCUAAAAAAUCUCUGUUCAGAGCUCCAAACUCUCUCUCCUACUCACUACCCGGCAUCCACCAAUAGAACGCGAAGUUGUUAUGAGCUUGUAGGAGUACUAUUUGCGUUCAAAUCUUCAAAUUCCUCCAUCUUUGACAAUAAACCAAAGUGUAUAUCAAAACCAAGAAGGAAUAAAAGAAGAAGAAGAGAAGAAGAAGAAGAAGAAGAAGAGAGACUGAAGUAGCCGUUGUUUCUUGCAUGGAUAAAGUAUCAACAAUAACAACAUUGACAUCAAGAAGGCCAAAAUGGCAAUACCCACCGGCCCAACCAACACCAAGAAUCCUCCAUUUACCUCGCAGGCCUCGCAGGAAACAAGUGCCAAAGUCCAAUGCUGCAAAGCCAAGUUCACAAAGAGACAAGAAGGGGAAGUUAGAAGUUUUGUUUGAUCAAGAAAGAGGGUUUGCUAGAGGGGCUAUGCCAAUUGUGAUGGUUGGUGGUAUCAGGGGUGAUCAGUGCCUCGAGGAGGAGAGGAGGGAGAGAGUGGAGGAGAGGGAAAGCGUGGUGAUGGAGGAGGAGAAGUGGAGGUUCCAAGCUGAGAUGUUGAGGGCAGAGUGUAAUUUGUUAAGGAUGGAAAGGGAGAUUGCUGUCAAGAAGAUGGAGAGAAGAAGGGUUCAAAUGGAGAGGAUUCUAAGAUCUGCAGUUCGAGCUCUGCUUUCUGUGAGAAAAGGGAUUUGUGAUGGCAAGGAUGUGAGAAUGGUAUUGGACGAAGAGAUUCAAGAAUUGAUUGAGAAGCUAGAGAGGUUGCAAAGAAGAUCAGGAGUUAAGGAUUUAGAGGGUCGAAAGUGUAGUAAUUUAGAUAGACAGGUAUCUAUUCUUAGAAGACGGCUAGAGAAGUUCGGAGGAGAAUCGGACGAGAUAUGUGUUAAGGAGAUCCAAGAGAUGGCAGAAGCAAGCUUGUCCAUCAAAACAAAUUGCAGUGCCUAUGAGACUUCUUCUUCAAAUCACAGUUGCAAUCAGAUGGAGAUGCUGAGAAGGAAAAUGGAGGGAUUGUCGAAUGGAAGCUUGUUAGAGAGAAUGGAAGAUGAGUAUGGGUCGAUGCUCUCUACAGCCAGCAGUUCUGCUACCACCUCUGCCUCCACUUCCAAGAGAAAAGAGUUUCCCGAUAUGCCUUCAUCUUCAACAAGAGAACCAUGCAAGGAGACAAAGCCCAGUGAGGAGAAAGCAUGCUCUGGGCGCUGCAAGGUUAUAUUGCGGAGAGUCAUCGAGCAAGUUCGGGCGGAGACAGAGCAAUGGUCCCAAAUGCAAGGGAUUCUGGGGCAAGUCAGGAAAGAGAUGGAAGAGCUGCAGGCUUCUAGAGAUUUUUGGGAAGAUCGAGCACUUGAUUCUGAUUUUGAGAUUCAAUCCCUGAAUUCUGCUGUGCAAGAGUGGAGACUGAAAGCCCUCUCUUCUGAAGCCAAGGAAAAUGAGCUACAAAAUCAGGUAGCUGUGCUUCAUGUUGAGCUCGAGAGGCUGAGGAAGGCAAGUGCUAAAGAAACAUCAAGGUCUAAAAAUUUACCAUCGGUUUCUUUGGACGCUCCAAAUGAGACGGAGAAGCGAGUAUUGGUUUGUCGCUUAAAGGAAAACUGCAAUAGCAAUGAUGAUUGUCGCAAGCAGAAGGCGGCCUUUAGUGAUGGAAGAAGAAAGCCACACGCCUGCACCGGUGGACUUGAUGCCCCGAAACGCUCUCCUUUCAGAGAUAUUGGAAAUUCAUCUCCCUUGGCGAGGCAAAAUAGUAGAGCAGUUUUCCCUUUGCACUACCUUGCGCAGGAAAAGUUUAAUUUCUGAAAAUUCAACAACCCCCCCUCCCCCCUACAGUGACUGUAAGAGCAAGCCAAACUUCAGAAAAUUCAGCACUCGGAAUUAGAGAAGAAGUCCAUGUCUAGUCUGUGGGGAUCCAUGAAUUACCUUUGCAGCUCCUUUAGGUUUUCGUUAUUGGAUUUCUUAUACAUUUGCCAACUAUGUUCAUUUGCUAAGAUGAUAAAUUGAAUUCCCAACAUAUGGAAAUCUAGCUUGACACAAGUUCAUGUGCG